AUGCCGGACAGCAGCAACCGGAGCGGGUCCUCCACCGGCCCGGAGGGCGGCCGGGGACACCUUUCCGUCUUCAGCGUGCUGGUCCUCACCCUGUUGGCCAUGCUGGUGGUGGCCACGUUCCUCUGGAACGGGCUGGUCCUGGCCACCAUCCUCCGUGUGCGCACUUUCCACCGAGUACCCCACAACCUGGUGGCCUCCAUGGCCAUCUCCGACGUGAUGGUGGCGGCCCUCGUCAUGCCCCUCAGCUUGGUGUGGAUCUCCUUUGACGUGCUGUGCUGCACUGCCAGCAUCUGGAACGUCACGGCCAUCGCCCUCGACCGUUACUGGUCCAUCACCCGCCACCUGGAGUACACGCUCCGCAUCCGGCGCCGCAUCUCCAACAUCAUGAUUGCCCUCACCUGGGUACUCUCUGCCUUUAUCUCCUUGGCCCCGCUGCUCUUUGGCUGGGGAGAGACUUACUCAGAGGACAGUGAGGAGUGCCAAGUCAGCCAGGAGCCUUCCUACACCAUCUUCUCCACCUUUGGCGCCUUCUACCUGCCCCUCUGCGUGGUGCUUUUUGUGUACUGGAAGAUCUACAAGGCUGCCAAGUUUCGAAUUGGAUCACGGAAGAGCAACUCCAUCACUCCCAUUACACCAGAAGCCCUGGAGGUAAAAGAAGCUGCCCAGCAGCCACAGAUGGUCUUCACUGUCCGUCAUGCCACUGUUACGUUCCAGACAGAUGGAGACACGUGGAGAGAGCAGAAGGAAAAGAAAGCUGCCCUCAUGGUGGGCAUCCUUAUUGGGGUCUUUGUGCUCUGCUGGAUCCCCUUCUUCAUCACGGAGCUCAUCAACCCCCUCUGCUCGUGUGACAUCCCACCCAUUUGGAAGAGUAUUUUUCUAUGGCUAGGCUAUUCAAAUUCCUUUUUUAAUCCACUCAUCUACACUGCUUUCAACAAAAACUACAACAAUGCCUUCAGGAACCUAUUCUUUAGACAGCACUGA